CCGGUGCUGUGGUAUCAGUCAUGGGUCCGACGAAAGACACGACAGAAACCAAGAGAUCAGACCUCCGAAGACAAGGACGACAUCAAACUUUCCUCUAAUUUUUACGUCCAAAUAGUGACACAAAUAGGCGGAGGAAUACUAUUCUUCACGGUUUUCGUGCAUAUGAUACCUGACGUGAGAAAUAACUUCGAGGUAUACCUCAGGAGUAAUCACUCGAUAUUCAGUAACGGAUCCGACGGACAUAAUGCCACAAGUAUUGAAGAUCUGAGGCUUCCGUAUCUGGAAAUUGCCAUUUGUUUGGGAUUUUUUGCCAUUUAUUUGACGGAAGUAGUGAUGCACUCAUUGCUGGACAGGAGAAAGACUGGCCACGGCUCCUAUACCUCCAGUGUUAAGGAAUACGACGAGACGUCGGCUAUACUUAAUGGAGAGCAUACCCGGAGCUCCCGGCGGAACAGUAGUCACAGUAUAGGCAGUGAUAUCGUUAUAGUCAUUGAACACAGAAGCACUGAAGACAUUCAGAUAAACAAGCAGUUAAUCUCACGAUUUCUUCACGGAUUAGUCAUAAUCUGUACGUUUUCUGUUCACUCCAUAUUUGACGGCAUAUCCAUAGCGGCCCGACAGCACCCGUCGGAAAUAUGGACAGUAUUUAUAGCCAUCGCCUCCCAUAAGCUGAUGAUAGCGCUGAUUAUUGGGGUCGAGUUAUACGAAAAGUGCCAAAACUUUCUGUUUGUCGUCUUUCAUAUGACUGUCUUCUCCAUUAUGUCACCCAUCGGUAUAUUUGUGGUGAUAGGGGCCGAGCGGUCGGUCCAGUCGGCCGACCACGAGGCCAAUCCGGUGGUCAUACUGUUGAGUGCCAUCGCCUCGGGAACUAUACUAUACAUUGUUUUCUUUGAAAUACUCCAAAAGACUAGAGUAGACAAACUCAAGCCAUUCAUGCAAUUCAUUUCAAUGGCCAUUGGGUUUGGGCUUAUGUUUGGUAUAACCACUACUUUGAACGAGGAUUAG